ACGUGUCAGGAUCCCGGAAGAAGCUUGUUGUUUCUAGAAGGGACCUGGGAGCAGCGAGGAGUUUCUAUUAGGAAGAAUCGAGCUAUCGAUGGAGGGUGAUCCUAAGACGUUGGCUGCCAUGGCUGAUUCUUUGAAGGUCUCAGACCCAGGAGGACAUCCAGAUGGCCAGAGCACUAGAAUGCAGGAUGAGGACUGUUUUUAUGACUGUGAGGAGACCUUUCAUGCAGAGAGAACGUCACCGGCCAUAAAUCAAACAGAGAUGACCCACAGUGAAGGGACAGUGAAUGGAUUACAGACAGAAUCCAAUAGAAAUCCUGACACGGGUGAAGAAUCAGCACAGGCUUCUAAUCCGUUUGAAGGAAAUGCUGCUACAAGGGGACAUGAGCCACCGGAGAAAGAUGGAGUGCUGGGAGAAGAAGAGUAUGAAAGGAUUGAAGAGGAAGACGAAAGGAAGAAGGAUACGGACUCGGAAUUCAAGGAGGAGGCAACAAAGCCUAGUGAGUAUGAUGACGAGUAUUUACGAGAAGCAGAGAAAAACCUGACGGAGGAAGAGAAAGAGAGCAGAAAAGUCGAGAGCAUGGCACUGAAAGAAAAGGGCAACGCACAGUUUAAGAACCGGGAGUAUGUCGAGGCUCAGAAAUCGUACACUGAUGCACUGGCAGUCUGUCCUGUGUGUUACAGCAAGCAGCGGUCCAUCCUCUUCUCGAACCGAGCUGCAGCACGGAUGCACCUGGAAGAGAAAACGGAUGCCAUCAGUGACUGCACUAAAGCCAUCGAGCUGAAUCCAGACUAUGUGCGUGCCAUCCUGCGAAGAGCAGAGCUUUAUGAGCAGACCGAGAAGCUUGAUGAAGCUCUGGAGGACUACAAGACUGUGCUGGAGAAAGACCCCGGCAUCCCGGCAGCAAGAGAAGCCUGCGGUAGAUUACCACGACAGAUUGAGGAGCGAAAUGAGAAACUGAAAGAAGAGAUGCUGGGUAAACUUAAGGAUUUGGGCAACAUGAUUUUGCGUCCUUUCGGCCUCUCCACUGCCAACUUCCAGGUCAAACAGGAUGAUAACACAGGGUCCUACUCUGUUAACUUUGUUCAGAAUCCCAACAACAACAACAGAUAGCAGCGUGGAGACUCUUUCUCAAGCUACCAGACGAAAGCAGCAGCAUGGCAUCAACAUGUUCAUCAGUGUAUUGUGGUGCACUACAAUUCUGCUUACAUUAUACGCAAAAAUGAAUCUGGAUUAUCACUACUUGGCUACUGGUUUUCUUGAUCGGUGUUGAUAUUACAUUAUCAAAGCUCAGAGCUCCUUCCAAAUUGACUUUCCGUUGGACUCGGUGUAAUAAAGAAACCACAAAUAGGAAUCUUAUAACCAUAAAAAAAAAAAUUCUAGUUUAAGUUUGUAAGAAAGCUACAAUGCUAAACAUUAAUGCUAAUUUAUUUUAUGGAAUGUAAUAGGAAUUAUGUCAAAAUAAAAUAACCCAGUUGAGAGCAA